CCUUUAGCACGGAGCUCUCUGGUUGGAGGAGGCUGACGUUCGACCUGGCGUUUAUGCCGUUCGCCGAUUGGUGGAAGUAGAUGCCGGAGGAGAGGCUGUUGUGGGGAUUUUUUCUUUCCGAAGACAGUAGUGAAAAAGAGUUUUGCUACCAAAGGAUAACAGAAAAGCUGGACACCAGAUUUGUGUGAACUUCCCAUAAACUGCAUAAUUUGAAAAGGCAAUGGAAGUACUUCCAGAACUCUAUGACAUUUUCCAAGGAGAGGUUGCUUCUGUGACAGAAUAUGGAGCAUUUAUAAAAAUUCCAGGAACAAGGAAACAAGGCCUUGUGCACAAAAGUCACAUGUCAAACUGCAGGGUGGACCAACCCUCAGAACUGGUGGAUGUUGGUGAAAAAGUGUGGGUGAAACUUAUAGGAAAAGAGAAGAAAGAUGAGAAACUGAAACUGUCUCUUUCCAUGAAGGUUGUUAAUCAAGGAACUGGAAAGGACCUGGACCCCAACAAUGUUGCCCUUGAUCAAGAUGCAAGGAAGAAAGGCUCAUUCAAAGACUACAGCAGCCAGAAAAUCACUCUAGAAGCUGUCUUAAAUACAGUUUGCAAAAAGUGUGGUUGUCCAGGUCAUUUUGCAAAAGAUUGCUUUGUGCAGCCAGGAGGGACCAAGUAUACUCUGAUACCAGAGGAAGAAGAAAUCCUUCCAGGAGAAAAGGAGAAGGCACAUAAAUCUGACGAUCUUGUGAAGAAGAGAAAAAAGGAGAAAAAGAGAAAAAAGAAACACAAGAGCAAAAUCCCUUCUGAACUGGAGGAUUCUGACAGCUGUGAGUCAGAUGGUGGCGGCAUUCAGCCAGCCAGGAAGAAGGCAAAACGGACUGAAAAAUCUAGUACAACCCAGAAGAGAAAGAAGAAAAAGCAUCAUAAGAAGAAGCACAAGGAUUGAGCAGCAGAUCCAAGGCCAUAGGGCCUGCUGAUUCAGCGUGCACCUUCGUGAUGCAGUGUGCACCUUCUAUCCCUCUGGCUUCCUAAAAUUGGAGAAGAAAAUAUCUGAGCUGGUGCAACUUCCAUUCAGACAAAAGAAGAUUCUCUCUUUGAAAAGCAAUGUUGUUUCCUAUGAAUAGUUGACACUUUUCUCUACAAGCAAGGAGCCAGCAGCAGUUGGGGUGUUCCGUGCCACAGAUGCUGCACUCAUGCAUGCGAAACCCUUCUCCUUCUAUAGUUCCAUUUCUUCUGCGCCUGGUGCCAGGCAGUUCGUUUGGAACAACCCUGAGUCAUCUCCGCGAAACACGCAUUGUUUCGGCAACCGGUGCAGUUUCCUUAGACAGAAUGGCAGCUGUGUGUUGAUUCAGCAUCUUGCCAGUCAUUCUCUGCUUGCCAGCAGAAGGAGCAGUAGACACAUCUUCUUAGCUGAUAUGGGCUGAUGUGUUCUGCACCAAUCACUCUGCUGCAUUUUUUUGUCCCAUUUGUCGAGAGGGAAAAAGUCAUUAACUGAAUAGCACUUUAGGCUGCAAAAGCACAAAUCAGAACCUGAAAAUGAGCUUUGUGGUUGUAUUGUUAACCACUUCUUAAACUAUGAAAUAAAGCUUCCCCCCCCCAUG